UGGAAGAAGGCAGCUCCGUUAGUGAGCACAUGCUCGUCAUGUCCGGGCAUGCGAAGAAGCUCAAUGACUUGGGGAUGAUGAUCCCUAACCAGCUGGGUAUUCAUCGUGUCCUUCAAUCACUGCCACCAAGUUACAAGAACUUCGUGAUGAACUACAACAUGCAGAACAUGAAUAAAGAUUUACCUGAAAUCUUUUCCAUGCUGAAAUCUGCUGAAGUAGAGAUUAAGAAGGAGAACCAAGUGUUGAUGGUCAACAAGACCACCAGUUUCAAAAAGCAAGGCAAGCCUAACAAGGGUAACUUCAAGAAGGGCGGCAAGAAAGUUGCACCGCAUCCUGAGAAGCCUAAGGCUGGUCCUAAACCUGAGACUGUGUACUAUUACUGCCAGGGGAAGGGGCACUGGAAGCGAAAUUGCCCCAAAUACUUGGCCGAUCUGAAGAGCGGCCACGUCAAAAAGAAAGGAACUGCGGAAUAGACGAAGCCUGGCAAGAGACGAGGUGACGAUGCGCGUUGGAAAUGGAUCCAAAGUCGAUGUGAUCGCUGUCGGCACGCUCCCUCUACAUCUACCUUCGGGAUUAGUUUUAAACCUUAAUAAUUGUUAUUUGGUACAUGCGUUGAGCAUGAACAUUAUAUCUGGAUCUUGUUUAAUGCAAGACGGUUAUUCGUUUAAGUCUGAGAAUAAUGGUUGUUCGAUUUAUAUGAGUAAUGUCUUUUAUGGCCAUGCACCUGAGAUGAAUGGUUUAUUCUUGUUAAAUCUCGAUAGUAGUGAUACACAUGUUCAUAACAUUAAUGCUA